GCCAGCAUUUUUGAUUUUUUUUUCCAGCUCGCAAAGCCACUCCCCGCCCGCCACUUUCCUUCCCGGAGUGGGACGACUUUGGAGGACGCUACUGCCCGAAAGCAGGAGGAAGGGGUCCAUGGCUUCCCACAGGAGAAUCUUCACUCUGGCCCAGUCCUCCCUGCCUCAGGAAAUAGUACAGUCCAAGAGGGCCUUUAUGACAUUAGUACGCUGCUUAUGACAUCAGAGAACACUGAGCGAGCAAGCCAUUGAAACAGCUGGGCUGGGGCAGCCAGUACAGGGAAAAGAUCUUGGCAGAGUGGAAGCAAGAACACAUCCCUCUCGCCUGCUGUAAAGAUGGGCCUUUGUCAACCCAAACUGGCCAAGAAUGCGAGAGUCCUGACUCCACAUCAGAGAGAGCAUCUCAAGAUGACCAUCAUCAUCUUCGUAAUUGGGGGACCGGGAAGCGGGAAGAGUACCCAGUGUAAGAACAUAGCCAGAAAGUAUGGCUUUCACCACGUGGCGCUGGGAGAUUUAUUGAGGCAGGCGGGGUCGGAGGCUACCUCGCGGGGCCGACAGAUUGACGACAUUAUGAAGAAAGGAUUGCUGUUGCCCACGGGAGCCAUUUUAGAUAUCCUGAAUGAGGACAUGCUGUCUCAGCCGGAAAUCAGGGGCUUCCUCGUCGAUGGCUUCCCCAGGGCCCUAGAACAGGCCAAAGAGUUCGAGCAGACUGAUAGCCGCCUACCUGAUGCUGUCAUUGCCCUGGAUUGUGAGACGGAGACCUUGAUCCACCGCCUGCUGCUGCGGGGCCAGUCUGGGGCCCGGGCUGAUGACAGCCAAUCCCUUCUCUGGCAGCGUCUGGAAACACAUUACAGCAUGCAUGAAGCGGUCCUUGCUUUCUACCUACAGAAACGGCUGCUUUUCAACGUCUCAGGAGAGGAGUCUCCGGAAAAAGUCUUUGCCCAGUGUUGCUCCAUCAUUGACCAUCUCUGAUAGAGGACUCCAACCCUGCCCCAGUGAAGUCAUGUCCAUUCAGCUGGUUUCAGAAUAAACAGCAGCAUUC